UGAACGUGGGUUUAUUAGGGCGCUCCACCACGGUCACUCUGAGCCAGCCGGCGUUUACCAAAAAACAGAAUAAUGGCAGAUAAAAAGGUGGGCGGCAACAACGACGGCAAGGAAAAGCGGCGCAAGGAGUCCAUCUUGGACCUCUCCAAGUAUCUGGAGAAACAGAUCCGCGUGAAGUUCGCUGGCGGCCGCGAGGCAUCCGGAAUUCUCAAAGGAUACGAUGCCCUGCUCAAUUUGGUGAUGGACAACACUGUGGAGUAUCUGCGGGACUCCGACGAGCCCUACAAGCUAACCGAGGACUCUACGAGAAGUCUGGGACUGGUUGUAUGCCGCGGCACGGCGCUAGUUCUAAUAUGUCCACAGGACGGAGUCGAGAGCAUUGCCAAUCCGUUCAUAACGCAAUAAACGGGAAUCUGCCAGGAACAGAUAUGCGCUUAGACUAGGUAUUCAACGCUUAUGGUAAUCGGAAGUUUAAAUAUAUAUAUUUAGCGGA